AUGGAGCCAAGACUCGUCACCAGCUAUAAGGAGAAUGUGCCCCCAGGGCCUGCAACCCCCUGGAGGCCAGAGCAACGAAGAUUUCCGAGGGGCCUGGAAAGUGGCCUGAGCCAUGGAAAUGGCCAGUCGGUGCCCAUAUGCCAGGUCACAAGGGAAGGGCCGCCUACCACACCCUCUCCAGGGACAGCACUGCCCCAGGAUCCCUGCCGAGUGCAGAGCAACCUGGCCAGUCCUCUUCCCCGCCUGGGCCUGCCCCUGAAGGACACGACUUGCUGGCUGGACACUUCAGGUUUCCAGCAACAAAGCAACUUGUGGUCACUGGCUGGGAGGCCCCAGGGGAAGGUUCGAGAGUCCCCUGUUCAGCAGAAGAACUUGCGUGUGGGGGGGACGGGCAGCAGCUCCCUCCGGGAAAGCCACAGGCCGCGGGCUCACCUGCCCCUCUGCAUGAGGCAGGUCCCCGGAGCCACACUGGCCCCCUGCCCCAACUUCAGGCCGGCCACAGGCUUCAGUCCACUGAAUGGAUGCCCACGGCCAGGUCCCAGAGCCUGGCGUGACCUGGAGAGCCGGACUGGCAGGCUGGUGGGGGCGCCCCUCACCCUGGAGGACUUAGCUGUCCCUGCCCAGAGCCAGGCUCGGGCCCCGCCCCCCAGCGCCACCUGCCUGCUGCUGGCCUCCGUGAAGCGCUUGGAGCAAGAGGCCGCUGGCCUCAGGUGCAGGGUGUCCCGGAAGCCCCCUGGCCAUGCACCGUGGGGCCCCCGCACCCGCCGUGGCCAGGCAUUCCCUGCCCGCCCCCAGCCCAGCCAGCCUGUUCACGCUUCCCGGGAUGAGAAGAGACGCCCCCGCGGCCUCCUAGAGACUUGGGGGGUCCAGGCCCCCACAGACCCUGGAGCGCUCAGCCAGCCGGAGGCGUUCACCACCGCUCUGGGGACGUUCACGGGGAACUUCUUUGACUCUGAGCAGGAGGUCCUUCCCGCCCAGCCCCCAGGACGAGGAGACAAGUGCCCCCCAGAGCCUCCACGUGGCUGGGAGGCCAUGGGGAUCCCCAGUCUCGCUGGGGGGACAGGCAGCUCGGAGGCCAGAGGCACUUCUUCAGCCUCCUCCAGCGCCGCUGGGGACGCCCUCCUCGGGCAGGAAGGAGGAGAGCAGCCCCUGCGGGAGCAGUGCGAGGCCCUUAACGGUGUGACCCUGGAGCCCCAGGCAGCCCGCUCGCAGCGGCUGUCCAGAUGUUUCAGAGCCUGGAGGCGCUUGGCCUGGAGGCGGUGGGCAGUGACUGCGGCAGUGGCUCUGAGCCGCAGGCGCCUGCUGCGAAAGGGCCUUCAGGCCUUGCGAUGGGCCCUGUGGCUCCGGGAGGCACAGCUGGAGGCGGCCUGGGGGCGACACACCAAGGCCCUGCUAGCCCGGAGCUUCCGAGAGUGGAGAAGCCUGGCUCUGCGGCAGGAGCAAGGGCACCCCCAUGUCCAGUCUGUGUCCAGACCCCCUUGUCACGGCCCUUCCUUGGGAAGAGUGGCAGUGGUGGACCCUGCCCAGAGGUGCAGGUCGGCUGGAACCCCCAGGUUGGUCCGUGUGGCCCAGGCGGCUGGCACCCCCACCCUGCCCCCUGCCUUGCUGUCCCCUGUUCCUCCUCCCUACAAGAGGAGGACGGAGGAGCAGUACCACCUGGAGGACAGGACCAGGCAGGAGCGGGCAGUCCUGGAGGAGGCACCUGGAGCCCCACAGAGGACUCGGAGGAUGGCCAGCCCCCCACAGGCCUGGCACCCAAGUGCUGCAGGUGCCUCAGUGACCUCCCAGCCACAGAGAGCUUGGCUGCCCAGGUGCUCGGGGGCCUGGCCACAGCUGGCACCAAGAGGAGCCCAGGUCCAGAACCCCCCGGCUGACCCCAGGCUGGAGACCCUGAGAGUGUGCCUGGGACGGUGGGUGCAGAUGAAGCAACUCCGAGCCUCAGAGGGCACCAAGGUGACCCGGCUGUCCCUCUGCCUGAAGAAGGCGGGUAGCUCAAGCCCUGGAGCCACCACAGCCCGCGGCCUUCAGAGAGUGGCCCAGGCCCAGGGGCCACCCCAGGGGCCAGGCCAGGGCUCCCUCCAGGAGGCCUGCCGGAGACUGACCCUGACCCAGGCACUGCGGCUGUGGAGGACACGGCUCUGUCAGCACCAGCAGGCUACCUCCUUCUCUCAGGGCCUGCGGGAGAGGACCCUGUGGCACAUCCUGAGCUGGUGGCGCUUGAGGGCAUGGGCUCAAGGCACCCUGUCAGGCGGCAGCGAGACCAUUCCGGCCCUGGGGCCAUGGGGCAGUGGCCCGAGAGCAGAGGCCUGGCUGGGCUGCAGUGACCCCCAGGUUCCCUGGAGCAGGACCCCCRUCCUCCUGGAGCCUCUCCGGGUGAGCUUCCUGUGGGCAGCUGGGCGGCGACUGCAGAGGCAAAGCCUUCUGCUCUGGUGGGCACGGGCCCAGCAGUCCCGGGGCGCAGCGAGGUGGUGCCAGCGCAGCCUGCAGAGGCGUGUCCUCCUCAGCUGGAGCCACUGGACCACAGCCCAAGGUGCCCGGAGGGAGUUGGCUGCCCACCGGGCCUGGGAGCGGAGCUGCAGGACUGCGCUGGAGCUGUGGCGGCAGCGGCUGGCGCAGUGGCAGGAGGCCGAGCAGCGGAACCAGGAGCGGGGCCGGGGACUGGCGCGGGAGGCGCUGCGCUGCUGGCACUCCUGCUGGCAGAGGCAGCAGGUCCUGCAUGAGAAGUACCAGAGGUGGGUGCAGGGCCACCUCCCGGGCCUGCGGAGGGCCAUGUUCCAGGGCUGGUGGCAGGCAGCGGCUCGAAGGAGGCACAAGCAGAGGGUCCUAAAGGCCUGGGCUCAGUUAGUGGCCCAGGGCCACGUCCAGCAAGCUGCCAUCACCCAGCUUCAGCAGGCUGGGCUCAGGCGGCUCCUUGGGACCCACUGGGCCCAGUGGCAGAUGGCGCUGCUCAGACAAGCCACCUCGUGUGGUGCAGUCCUGUGGAGCCCCUGGUCUGUCUGCUGUACCACCCGGGGCUGUGGGCUGGACCACUGCAGACAAGUGGCUCCCCUUGGCACCCUCGGGGCUGGGCCUGGCAUGGGGACUCACCAAGAGACCCGCAGCUGCUGGACAUGGGCCACAGGGCCUGUGCUGCCCCGGCCGACAUGGGAGCACGGCCACAGUGCAGAGAGGACACAGAAAGAAACCACCUGGGCUCAGAGUGACAGAGAGCAUCCCCUCUGCCCCACCUCUCGGUUCUGGUUGCAGUGGCCUGGACAAAGCAGCUGGGCCUCUAGCUGGCUGCCUUCAGGACUGAGAGGUGGGGGGCUCAGAGCCCUCCAAAGCCAAGGGAAGGCCCCUCCCAGGAGGCCGGGUGCUCAUUCCUGUAGGAUCCCGGAAGAGCAGCCCCAGUCCCAUGGCUCUGCGCUCCUCUGGUCAUGGAGAGGUGCUGAUGCUCCUGGUCAUAAGGAGGAAGUACCUGCGGUGCUGGCGCCUCGAGGUUCGGCUUCACAGGUUCCAGGCUUCCCAGAAUGCCAGGCGCCUGGCAGUGAUUUGGAGGAGCUGGGCAGAUGCUCGAAGGGGGCAGCAGCUGUCUCGGGCCCUGCUCAGGCAGUGGCACCUGGGACAGGCCUGGAGGAUAUGGCGGCGGCGGGUCCUGCAGCUGCGGGUAGCUGUGAGGCUACAGCAGCAAGAAGGUGCCUGGGUCCUCUCCCAGGGAAGAGGGGUGGGGUUGAGUGUAGAACAUACAGCCUAGAGGCUAGAGCCCGGGAUUGGACUAGUGGCCACAAGCUCAGCUGUGUUGAGGUCACUCACUUGGGAACAGCCUUUGAAAAGUGGCAUCAGUGCUUGGUGGCCAGACGCCAAAGGAGGAGCGCCACCAGCAGCCUGAGUCCCCUGACAGGCCAGGCACCAGGGCCUUGAGAGCAUGCUGGAAGCUGCCCAG